CUAUAAAAAGGGAAAUUUGUCCACAGGACACUGCGAAAAUAUGAUUUUGUGUAGAACAUACUGUCAAAGUCGAUUUUGUUUCUCGCACACCGCCAAAGCACCAUUUGGUCUACCGCGCACAUUGUAUCCCAUAAACUAUUCAUUAUCAACUGUGAGGUUAGAUAAUAGGACUGUUUUGCCCUUUGCUGUUGUCGUCGUCUUCCUCACCUCUCUUCUUCUCUCUUCGCCUUUCCGGCUUGAGCAGUGCUGCCGUUGCGACGACCACCGCCGUCAGGAGGACGAUGGCUCGUCGUCGAACGGCGCUAGCCCGCUGCUCCUGACUCUCGGGCCUCUCGGCCCGGCCACCGACGACCGCCGCUGCUCCUGUGUCAUCGCGCCGGCACCGGCCACGAUGUCCGUCCUGCGCGGCUCCCAGUACUUGAAGCCGGCGCAGGAGCUGCUGGGUGAGGUGGUGCGCAUGGCCGACCUGGCGGCUGGCGCGGGCGAUGAGGAGGCGGCCGCAGACAAGCAGAAGCGGCUUGAUGCCGGCGGUCACCACCGGGCGGCGCGUCGCGCGGCCAUGAACGACGGCGACGGCAUCCAGGCCAAGCUCCUCGGCCUGCUCAGCGAGCUGGAGAGCCGGCAGGAGCGCUACUUCGGCGAGCUAGGGCACGUGGCGGCGUCGUUCGAGCCGGCGCUAGGGGACGGCGCGGCGUCCGCCUACACGUCCCUGAUGGCGCAGGCCAUGGCGCCGACCGCCGCCGCUCCCCGCGCGGGGCUGCACAUCGGCGCCGGAGAUCCCGACCAUGCCGUCCAACCCUGAAGUCCCGUCGCCGCAGCCGCCGGAAGUGGAGCCGCUGAGGCCGCCGCCGGAGGUGGAGCCGCGCGCACCCCGGAUCUGCUCCCACGCACCGACCGCCGGCGCUCCCGCACGCUGACCGCCGGCGCUCCCCUGUGCCGGCCGCGCGAGCCGACCACAUCUGCUCCCCUGAGCUCCGCGGCGAGGAGGUGGACCCGGCCAUCCGCUGCGAGCUCGUGGACGACGAGACCACGCCGGAGAACCCCGUGCCCCGUGCGCUCCGAGGUGGCGGCGACGGCCGUCCCAGCCCCAGCCCCAGGUCUUAGCUCCUCCACCGUGAAUGGAUAAGAAUCGAAAGGAUAGGGUCCCGGUGGAGGAAAUACAGGGGUAUUUUAGUCUUUUCGGGUCAUAUUUUUUCACCACUCAGAUUGAAAAUGAGUUGUUUAAUGGAGUCAAUGUGCCACACACAAAAUUUUCCACUCAAGGUGUGUUGUAGACUAAUUCAGGGAGUGGAAUGUGCAACGCACAAAAUCACGAUUUGAGAGUGUUCUGUAGACAAAUUUCGCCUAUAAAAAAAGGAUGAUGACGUUCGCCAAAGACA